GGAAGGAAGGUGGCGGCGGCCCGGCGCGGGGGGAGGGGGGCGCUGACCCGGAUGUUCACUCUUGGGCACCCGGGGAAGUGGAAGCGCCGGGCCCUGCUGCGGGGGGGAGAGCCACAGACGCCGGGACCGGGAUCGCCGCCGCCGCCGCCACCAUGAGUGACCAGCAGCUGGACUGUGCCUUGGACUUAAUGAGGCGCCUGCCUCCACAGCAAAUCGAGAAGAACCUCAGCGACCUGAUCGACCUGGUCCCCAGUCUGUGUGAAGAUCUCCUGUCGUCUGUUGACCAGCCCCUGAAAAUCGCCAGAGACAAGGUGGUGGGAAAGGAUUACCUUUUAUGUGACUACAACAGAGAUGGGGACUCCUACAGGUCACCGUGGAGUAACAAGUACGACCCUCCUUUGGAAGACGGGGCCAUGCCUUCUGCUCGGCUGAGAAAGCUGGAGGUGGAAGCCAACAAUGCCUUUGACCAGUAUCGAGACCUGUAUUUUGAAGGUGGCGUCUCAUCUGUCUACCUCUGGGAUCUGGAUCAUGGCUUUGCUGGAGUGAUCCUCAUAAAGAAGGCUGGAGAUGGAUCAAAGAAGAUCAAGGGCUGCUGGGAUUCCAUCCACGUGGUGGAAGUGCAGGAGAAAUCCAGUGGUCGCACCGCCCACUACAAGCUGACCUCCACCGUGAUGCUCUGGCUGCAGACCAACAAAUCCGGCUCCGGCACCAUGAACCUCGGAGGCAGCCUGACCAGACAGAUGGAGAAAGAUGAGACCGUGAGUGACUGCUCCCCGCACAUAGCCAAUAUCGGGCGCCUGGUAGAGGACAUGGAAAAUAAAAUCAGAAGUACGCUGAAUGAGAUCUACUUUGGAAAAACAAAGGACAUCGUCAAUGGGCUGAGAUCUGUUGACGUAAUCCCCGACCACCCCAAGUUUCAGCAGCUGCAGAGGGAGCUUUCCCAAGUGCUGACCCAGCGCCAGAUCCACAUCCAGCCUGAUAACUAAGCCGACGCAGGUCUGUGCAGACUUUCGCAGACAAAUCAAAGCAGGAAGCUCUUAAGAACGACCUGGUGGAGGCCUUGAAGAGAAAGCAGCAGUGUUAGAGCUCGGCUCCGCGCUACCUGGGCACGCCACGCGCUCCUUAGACCCCUUUCUUAGAGAACUCGUCUUCUGCUCCCCUCCCUUGCCCCUCGCCCCCCCCACCAGGUCACAUAACACCGGCUUCGCCGAGCGCACAGCGCCGUCUCCCUGAGAAUAAAGCCCAGUAAACACCCUCCGUCUCUGAGGCCUCCUUCCCACCACGUUUUGCUAUCAAAACGCCCCAUAUUUCCACAGAGACUGUGUGUUUUCGUUUGCCCUACCCCCCCGUCUGCCCCCCCCAUUUAU